GAACGUCAAAUUCUCGCGCACUUAUCACGCAUUCUUCAUUCGUUCGUUGGCACGACUGCACGUCGGCCAACAAACACCUUGUCAUUUUAGUUCUGCGCUUUUGGCAGAAUUUCACUGUUCAGAUCCUUUUCAACAUGGCUUCGACAGGUAAAAAAGGUAAAAAGUCCAAGGGAGUCGUAGUAUCUCUGCAGAGCUUCCUGGCAAAUGAGAAUUCGCAGCCUGGAUUGACGCAGGUCGCGAAGAAAGUGCGAAAUCGCCCCGAUGAAAGCGAUGAAGAGGACAACCACUCGUUGCCUCAGAUAUACCAGCUUCCGACAGCGCCCCGCGCUGCUCGAUAUCUGGAUGAGGAUGCUGUUCCACAUAAACCGCCGUUCCUGGCAUAUUUAUCAAAUUUGCCAUUCGAUCUGCACGACGAGGACUUGUAUGAUUUCUUCAAUGGGAUGAACAUCGUUUCGAUUCGUCUGCCCCGGGAGGAUGGGGAGCAGGGCCGUCUACGCGGCUUCGGCUACAUAGAGUUCGAAAGCCGUGACGAAUUGAUCGAUGCAGUAAGCCUUCCCGAUCCUCAAAUACGAAACAGACGCAUCCGGAUCGAUGUGUCGAAUGAAAACGACAACAGACGUGGAGGCAUGAGCAGAAGCCGCUACGACGGAUUCGGCGGAGGGAACCGCGAUGAUUCAGGCAGUUGGCGCCGUGAGCCGAACGACAACAGAGACGAGGGCAGGCGUGGUGGCUACGGGUACAACAGGGAUCGACAACGCGAUAAUUCGAACGAGGGUGGAUCAUGGAGGGCAGCUGAACGUCCAAAUACAGACUCUUCCCCACGUCGGGGAGGAUACGGUGAUGGAUUCAGGGAUCGUGGUGACCGUGGGUUCGGCCGUCGCGAUGACUACAGAGACAGACGUCCACCACCGCCUCCAGCCGAAGAUGAGAGACCAAAAUUGAAUUUGAAGCCCCGCACUUUGCCGUUGCCGGAAAUCAAAGCUACUGAAGACGACAAAUCGGACGGUGAGGAGAAGUCAUCAACGCCCGAACCACCGCCAAAGCCAAAACCAGCAGGCGUUGCUCCUGAGAAAGUGUUCGGAAGCGCUAAACCGGUGGACACAGCCGCUCGGGAGAAAGAAAUUGAGGAACGGCUAGAACGCGAGCGUCUCGAAAAAUUACGAAUCCAAGAAGAGGAAGAGCAGCGACGAGAGGAGGAGAAGAAGGACGAUGGUGCCGAAGAUAAUGCUCGUGAAAAAGACGAGAAAGAGGAUCGUGAGGCAAGGAGUUGGCGAAAACGAGAAGAUGAUGUACGACAAGAUGGUGACCGUAAUAAUCGAAAAUGGAGCCCAGACCGAAGGGGCCCACCUAGGCGACCAGAUGAUCGACGAAUGGGCAGCGGACAACCGCGUGAUUAUCGCGAUAAUGGGCCACGACGUGACUAUCGAGACAAUCGCGAUAAUAGAGGGUAUGAUCGUGACAAUAGAUAUCGAGAUAACCGAAAUGAUCGGUCCGACCGAGACCGUGACUAUAAUCGCGAUCGUGAUCGUGAUCGCGGCUCUACUAAUUACAACAAAGACAAUAAGAUCACCUCUCGCGAUAGCCGACCGCCACCAACACCACAAGCACGAGACGACAAGGCACGAAGAGAGCCUAGACCUGAUCGACCCAUGCCCAAAUAUCAGCCACCACAAGGAGGUCCUAUGCUGACAAAUUCCAACAAAUAUUCAGGGCUUCUCGACGACGAUGAUGCAUCCGAGUAGAAAUAAAGAGAGAAAAAAAAAGAAAUUUAAAUACACCCCAUAUACCAACCAAUCAAUUCAAUUCUUAUUUAAGUUGCUAUUUCCAACAUUACUUUCUUUUGUAACACACUGUCCAUAUUAUAUAUAUAAUUUACUCUAUACAUCGUAAUAUUACUGAAAACGAGGGAAAAUAUCAAGACACGCGAAGCGUACGAAAAAAAGAAAUAGUAAUUAAUUAUUAUUAUUACUGAGAUAAAUAGUAAAAUAAAAAAACGUGGUGUGCUGUUUAAAUAUAAAAUAUUGAGUAUUUUUUCGUGUGUUUGUAAUAUAUGCAUAGAUAAAUUACGAAGUAUGUAAUAUACAUGAAACAGAAAGAGCGAAUAGGAAACUGAAAAAAAAUGUCUAAAUAUUGUUUUUUUUAUCAAUUUGAAACAACAAAAUAAGAUGACUGUCUAAGCUAUUUCUUUGAGAUUUAUAUAUAUAUAUUUUUUUUGUAUCUACAUUGCGCGUGGGAUGAUUAUUUUCAUUCGUUUUGUUAUUUUUGCUCUUCAGUGAAAAUCUGUUUGUAUAGAAAAACAAAUGUUGCAUUGAAUUUGACGGAAUUGUUAUCACGUUUUUUUUAUAUAUAUAAUUUUUGAAAACAAACAAACCGAGAAAAACCUUAAAAAAAAGAAUAUCUUUUGUGAAAUUUAUCAAUAAGAAAAUUAAAUAUGAUGUAUGAUAUCUCUUUCUCUAAAUUAUAUUGAAACAAAUCCAA